GUCGAUCUAGAGCAGCAUCAACACAGGCACAGCGUCCACGACGAGAUGGUCGCCGGCGAGGACGGGUGCGCGGACGGCUUCUCCAAGUACGAGGCGCUGGCGUCGUCCCUCCCGACCUCCAGGCAGGGCCUCGGGAGCUUACCGUACCGGAAGCACGACGGCUUCUGGUACCCGGAGCACCUGAUGGCGCCGGCGCUGGCCAUGCGGGACGCGUUCGCCGCCCGUCCGACUGACGUCAUCCUCGCCACCAUGCCCAAGUCCGGCACGACGUGGCUCAAGGCGCUCGUCUACAGCGUCGUGCACCGCGGCCGCCACGCGCCGGCCGACGAGCGCCACCCGCUGCUCGCCUCCAGCCCGCACGAGCUGGUCCCGUUCCUGCACUCCCUCUACGAGAGCCGAUCGCCCUCAGCACCGCCCGGUCAGCUCCUGGAAGAGAUGCCUUCCCCGCGCGUCCUGGCCGUGCACUCGCCGUUCACGGCCCUGCCGGCGUCGGUGCGGGAGUCCGGGUGCCGCGUCGUCUACCUCUGCCGGGACCCCAAGGACGCGUUCGUCUCGCUCCGCCACUACCUCGACGAGAUCAAGCCAGAGGGGUCAGCCAUGACGCCGUCCGCCGAGGCGUUCGACCUGUUCUGCGACGGCGUGUCGCCGUUCGGGCCGGUGUGGGACCACAUGGCCGAGUACUGGAAGGAGAGCGUGGCGCGGCCGGGGGAGGUGAUAUUCCUCCGGUACGAGCACCUCAAGGAGGACGCCGUGGGGAGCGUGAUGAGGCUGGCCAAGUUCCUCGGCUGCCCGUUCACCGGCGAGGAGGUGGCCCGAGGCGUCCCUGAAGCUGCCGUUGCGCUAUGCAGCAUGGACAGGAUGAGGAGCGUCGAGGCCAACCGGAGCGGGGUGCACGGGACGGCCAGUUGGUCGUUCAAGAACUCGGCCUUCUUCCGUAAGGGGGAGGUCGGGGACUGGAAGUCGCACAUGACGCCGGAGGUGGCGCAGAGGCUCGACGGCAUCGUGGAGGAGAAGCUGCGAGGGUCUGGGCUCUCACUGGCAAUUCAUCGCGGUAGCGCGUCGCGCCGGUUUGGCUCUGGUUUGUCCUAGCCCAAACUAUAAGACCGACCCACGCUGUGGUGGCUUUGUUGGUUUGGCGUUCGGGAUUGGGCGGAAUAAAAUUGUCAUAGCACGGUAACAAAAAACUGUCAUCUUGAACUAGCGAAGUUUUUGGUUAUAUGUAGAGCCUCUUAAUUUGGUUACAACAUGUUGUUUCUGAGAUGCUAUGUUAAAAACUGAUUUGAUUUGCAACACGAAUUAAUUUUGGUUGUCUCUGGCAAUAUUCUCCAACA